AUGCCAGACCUGCUCACUCCACAGGCCCUUGCGACGGCUGGGCCGUUGCUGUUGGAAACUCUAUUCAAACAUUUCAUUGGACCAAGACCGGCUGCAGAUAAGGGUAAAGCAAGAGAGGACUUGAUGUAUGAUGAGGCAUUCGUGCUUAUGAAAACAUUCAUUGAAAUAGCUACCAAAUAUCCAGUUUCAGCAUUACAAAGAUUCGGUCAAGUACGUGUUCCUUCUCCACCAUGGGUCGGCGUACAUCGAGUUAUUAUUCCCAGGUCAUCAUCGAAUCUUGCGGCGGAAUAUCUGGUUAAAGGUCUAGGAGGUGAAGAGAUGGCUUAUAAGAUUGCUGGAGGUACGAAGUGGUGGCAGGUCCAAUCUGGACAAGGCGUAGAAGCAGAAUGGAUAGUCAUGAAGAAAGAUUGGAAAGAAGUUGUAGCUGAAGAGAAGAGAGAAAAGUUAAAAAGGGCUGAAGAUGCCGUUGGGGAAGAGAUCGAUAGUGAAGAUGAGGAUGGCGAGUUCCGUCCGGAAAUGGAUAGAUUGAGAUGUAUGCUGUAUAUUCACGGUGGAGCUUAUUAUUGGGGAUCUAUCAAUACCCAUCGAUAUACAAUUUGGCGAUAUGCCCGUAAAAUGCAUGGGAGGUGUUUCGCUGUAAACUAUAGAAAGUGUCCUCAAUAUCCAUUUCCAUGCGCGAUCCAAGAUUGCUUAGCCGCAUACCUUUACCUCACUAACCCACCUCCUGGAGCCAAACAUCGUCCUGUAGAUCCGAAGAGUAUCAUCAUUGCAGGUGACAGUGCAGGCGGAGGACUGACUAUUGCUUUGCUCCAGCUGCUAAGAGAUACAGGAUUUGAAAUGCCAGCUGGAGCUGUACUGAUCAGUCCAUGGUCCGACUUGACUCAUAGUUUCCCAAGUAUAUUGCAGAAUACAGCUACAGAUAUCAUCCCACCAUACGGCUUCAUUCAUAAACCGUCAUCACUUUGGCCGCCACCCCCUCCGAUGCUUACUGAGGAGGUGCAAAGCAGACUUCGAACCAAAGUGAAGGAAGUGGUAUCCCGAGUACAUCUUCAAUCUCAUACACCUCAUCCCACCUUGGAGGAUGAUGAAAACCGCGAUUCACCGACGACGACAACAACUACAAGUGAUCCGGAUAAAUCUGGCAAUAUCACAACGUCUACACCUUCUGGAGGAUUAGAGAAAUCCAAAGAGCGGAGUGAAUCAGACCUACAUCCGUUAGCUGAUAAAUCAGAAAACAAACAUCCUGAACCUCAAACUGAACCUACACAUAAUCCAUCUCGUGCGAAUCCUGCGGACUUAUUUCAAACACUGCAAAAUAGAAAUCAAAAUAGAAACGAUAAUAAACCUACUACAUUAGCACAAUGUGAUAUACCUCUAAAACUCACUGUCAAAGGGGAACAGGUCUUAGUUGAUACUCAGAUUCAAUUAUAUGCUACAAAUGCUCAACUUUGUCAUCCUUGGAUUUCACCUGUACUAGGUUAUUUAGGUGGUUUACCUCCUUUAUUCAUAAUGUGCGGAGAUAAAGAAGUGUUAAGAGAUGAAAUCAUCUUCUUAGCUCAUAAAGCUGCGAAUCCAGAUAAAUUUCCUAUAAGAGAAGAUGUAAAAGCUAUGUUACCUUCACUGGAGGGUAUAGAAAAGAAAUAUGGCCCCACAAACGUUCAUUUACAAGUAUACGACGGAACAUGUCACGAUCUUCCACUGCUGUCAAUGACGCGACCUGCCAGAGGAGCGUUCAGAGCCAUUGCAAACUUCGCAAGAUACGUGACUCCUUCAGCACCUGGGUCAAGAUAUAUUUCAAGAUCUUAUCCUUCUACUCCAAAAGACUCUCGAAGGGGUUCAGCCGCUGUCUCAGGCUCUGGACCAGCCUCAAAACUGACAUCAGGACAUCACACUCCCAGAUUCCCCUCUUCCCCCAUGCUUACUGCUACCACACCGAUAAGUGAGGAUCAUAAAGUUCUGCAAGGAAUCUUGACGUCUCCUCCAGAAGCAAUCACUCCCCAUGAAUCAAGUAGGUCUUCUAUGAACGAAACCGAAGUCGAACAUGAUCGUCAACCUGAAUUAGAUUUGGCAUUAGGUGAUGCGAUCAAUGUAGUUGAUUCUCCAACUACCAUCAAAUCUAAACGAGACCCUUUGGACAUAAACCCAUUGAGUCCGACAACAAGACCCAACACACUUGGUCCUAGCAGGAAUAUUUCAUUCACUUCCACGAUCCAAUCUUCCGUUGGCAAUUCCUCUGACGGAACUUCACCGAAGAGGAAAGAAGGAAUUCUGCCUCCUUCACCUGAUCCCGCUAAUGGUAGCGGAAGUGGAAUUGGAAGCGGUCUAGGAAUGGCAAGUGGAAGUGGAAGCGGAGUCGGCACAGGUACAGCCAAAGAAGCAAGCGGUACAAAUCGAUCAAACGGUGAUGAAGCUGGACCUAGAUUUGAACAGAGUGAGACAUUUUUAAAUGAUUGGAAUGCUAAGAAAGGCGAAGCUGGCUGGGCUGGAAUAUAUCAAGGUGGUAACCCGUUCACAAAUCAUAUGAUACGCGAACGGGUCUCAGUUCAAGGUGAAUUAAGAGAACUGGAACCUGCGGAAGACCUACAAGGAUUGAAUAUGCCUUUAGAUGAAGUGGGCUUUAUAAAAGAAGGGCCAGCGAUGAGAUAUCUGAAUGGCCAAUCCAUUUGGAAUAAGAAAUAUCAUAGGGCCUCAAAAGGUGUUCAAAAGAGACGGGAAAAAAACCUUAAGAUCGCUCAUAAAGAAAGUGAGAAGAGAACAAAAGAAUGGUUGGCAACGAAAUCGAAACUACAGCAACAGUCAAAAUCGCACACCAGUACUUCAAAGGAGGAGGCUCAGAUUAAGGAGAGUGUAGGGAGUGAGAAGGCUGAGGACAUAGGUGCACAGGGACGGUUGGGAGAAAAUGAAGCAGAAGAGGAUGAAGAGGAGAAAAACCAAAGUUGGUCUUGGGCGUUAAAUGGUGAAGCGCCACCUCCAAGCGCGGUCGUGUCAAGGCGGGAUAUCACCGAAGCUCGUCAAUUGGCGUUGAUGGCAGAUCGACUUGAUUCAGCUCAUGGAACUUCAUUCCACGGUUUAAGCAUUUGGGUAGGAUUAGCUACAUUCUUCUCAAAUUCAAACGAGAGAAACAAAGCUAGUGAAGCUGUCAAAGCAGCGAGAGAACUCAAAAAAUCUCAGAAAAAGGACAAGUUAAGCGAAAACAGUGGUGGAAACGGUAACGACGAGAGAGAUAUAUGGUCUGAUUUAGAUGAUAACCACCAAGAUGAAAAUGAUGAUGAUACUGAGGAGCAAGUGGUCAAUAGACAUGGUGAUUUGAGCACAACAAGUUAUAAAUCCAAGAAGGGAAAACCCGUUGAGGGAAAGAAAGACAGGAAGAAGAAAGGUUUGAAUGGAUGGUUUGGCUUCUUGAAAAAGAAAAGUGAAUAA